AUGGAGACGGUCCCGCCCGCGGCCCGCGCGGCCUACAGCUGGAAGCAGCGUGACGUGCAGGUUCGUGUCGGGAGGCGCCGAACCGCCACUGGGCUGCUCGGCGGACGCCAUCAGAAAGCACAGCGGAUGCCCAGCGUUUACUUGUGCGCAGCUUAUCCUUCAGAGCUCCCGACGCGGCACACUUACAAGCAACAACUGUCUCUGGCAACUGAGCAAGAAUGGUUUGUGAACCAGAGUAAAAUGCAAGAACUGAACUGGCAGCAGCUCUGUGAGAAUGCUGGAAGCAAACAGCAUCAAAAAUCAAAGGAUCUAGCACAAUUCAUGGCUUCAGCAAGAAAGCAGGUUAAAGAUGAUCUACAGAAAACAGACUACAGGUUGCCUGAAGUGAAGACUGUUCUUUCUGCUUUGACUUUUGGGAGAGAACAGACGAUACAAUCAUCAUUUAAUCAAAGUAUUUUGCCCCAGGAGGAGAAACAGAUAUUUCAGUAUGAUGAUAAAAGUUCACUGAGCAAAGAUAUUCCUACUUUGGAAAUUAAAAAGCUGCAGGAGCAGAAUGCCAGCCUUCGGGCUGCUGUUGCACAAAUGAGGAAACAAAUGGAGAGUCUUAAUGAGCAGAUGUUGUCCUGUCUUCCUCUGACAGAAAACAGACAGCUUGCAGACCAAGGUUCAUUGUGUAUGAACAGGAUUUCAGGUGGAAAUACUUUGCACAGUAUUGAAGUCAGCUCAACUGUCUUGGACUGUAUAGCAAACUCAGACACAGAAAAGGGACCAGGCCCCAAAGUUCUUGAAGAAAGCAUGGAAGGUCUUAGACAACAGUUACCAGAAGCACAUCCUGGUGUUGAUCUUCAAUAUGGUGUCAGCUGCACACUACAAGGAAUGCAAAAUAAGCUGAAGGAGGCAGCAAGAAAAAUCUCAGUACUGAGCCAAGAGAAACAGCAGCUGAUUGAAAUGGGAAACAGACUAAGGGCAGAACUUGGAAUGGUACUAAAGGAAGGGCUUUGGCAUCCUGUUAGCUGUAAGCACUGCACAAUUUGUAAUGCCUCUGGUAGUCUUUUUCCAAGAGAGCUUGUCAAAAAAACACAGAGACAACUAUCAGCUUUAAAUCACCUACAGCACAGGCUUACAACACAGGAGCGGCAGUAUGCAAAGCAACAGCAUCCCUCAAGGAUCUCUUCUCUAAUUGCCUGCCAUAGCUUAGAGGAAGAAGAAACUUUGAGCAGCUGUGGGGAAGAAAUAGAAUCACCAUCCACUGAGGUUCAGCUAGAUUUCUCUAUUGAAAACCAGGGGCCAGAGCAACAAAGGGCAGAUACAUCCUUAAAGAUUGUUCAAAGCCAGCCACUCAGGCAGAGUCCUCAUCCAGCCCAGCAGGUCCAGUUUUCUUCAUCUACAACACAUAAUAUCUGCCAAGGUGUUUGGCAAUCUUUAGAAAAGGGAUUAGGCCCUUCAGUUCCCAGUCCUCAACAGAACAGUGACCAAGCAGUGGAGUUUGAAGUUAUAUGUUCAACUGAACAAUCUGAAGAAUCUCAGCAAAAUAUCAAAGCUGAGAAUAAACUUGAAAUGCCAGCUUUAGAUUUAACAGUCAGAGGAACCAGGCUGGAAGCUCAACAGAAGCUAAAAUCCAGGAACUUAUCCUGUUCUCAUCCCAUAAAACCAAAAAUCUCUUCUAACAUGGCAAAAAUCCGCAACUAUAAUAUUAAAGACUGAUUUCUUGGUGGGCAGAAUGUUCCAGGCUCACACUUGCAAUUAACUUACUUUGAAAUCUCUGAAUCAGAGCUAAAUAUCAGUUCCAUUUUUGUAUAUUGAGUUGGGAUAUUUGCAGCCAGAAGAGAGAAUGAAUACACUGCUUCAACUUGUGAACCUUUAAAAUAAAGGGUUAAUAUGUGUA